UCCGGCUGUGGGUCUGAGCCACCUGUAGCAGUCCGGUGGAGACGGCGUUUGAACGGGACCGUUAUACUCACCACGGCGGCACACGGUGCUCCGCAAGCGGCCGAUCCUCCUCAAGAAGAGCCACAAACUCACCUGAAACAUGUUCCUCAGAUUUCUAAUGGUCGUCUCCCUCUUUGGAGCUGUCACCAAAGUUCUUACAGACACAACAAUAACCACAGAAGAAAGUAUGCUCCCCAGUUCUACAGCUUCUGAUAUCACAACCUCAAGCAGCGGUUACUCAGUCAGCACUUGGUCGACUACAGCAGUGGUUAUUACAACCCCAGACUAUCCAACAAAUACAUCCACAACCGUGAUGACAUCUACUGUAGGGACAACCGAUGGCUCUACCACUGCUGCGAGCAUCACCACAGGAAGUCCAACUGACACAUCAUCAGCUUCUACUUCUGCAACUGCAUCGGCAGAAACAAGCACUGCACCUUCAACUACCCACACAACCACGACUAGCUCACCAGUCACAACCACAACUACAGAAACGUACACAAGCAACAGCGUUCCAUCAAGUGGCUCAACUGCAAGUGUACCCACCACAACCAUAGGCAGCACAACUACGAACAACCACACGACCAAUACACAAGUCACAUUUACGAGUGACCACACAACUGCAAAUGCAUCCACAAGUACCAGCUCAGUAAUCACAAAUACUAACAGCCCAGCUACAGCCACCACUGCACCCAGCAGUGAUGCAACUAUAACUACCUCCGUUACACACACAGACAACCACUCCACUAUGGCUGCAGCCACCACACAGCCAACCAUCAGCACCACUCCAGAGUCCCUGCAAACCAGCUCAGAAACUGCUGCACUAACUACCACUAACCUUCCUGAGUCCACUGCGUUGACUGUCUCUCCAUCCUCCAUGGUCACGGCUAACACAGGACUCCCAUCCUCUUCACCUUCCUCCACCGCCAGCUCCCCAGGUGAUAGCACCAUUCUCCCUGAUGGAAACACCACCAGCCCUGGAGUGACCACCCAAACCACUACAAACAUCACAAUAACUGAUACAACAGCAGCCACACCAAGCAGCACCACUAUGACCCAGCACACCAUCACAACUGGGACCACCAUGGCUGUCACCACCUUACGACCAACAAAUACCACCACCAUCAUUACUCCAUCUACAGCAGCUCCAUCCACUCUGAGCCCAGUCUUAGUGUGUCCUGCUGUCCCAUGUCCUGCUGUAAGCAUCUGUCUGAACGGUACUUGCCAGUGUCUCUCUGGCAGCUACAUGGAGAACAACAUCUGUAAACCUGCACAAGUGUUUCCAGGCAAUCUUCACUUAAAGUUGAAGUUUGAAAUGGAAAUGAGCGACCGGUCCUCCAGUGUUUUUCAGAAUACAUCCUCCCAGAUCUCAGCAGCACUCAGAGACAUCCUUAAAAGUGAGGUGGGCUAUAUACGCUCAGACGUUGUUCAACUUAAACCUGGAAGUGUGAUAGCAACUGUGAAUAACAUCUUUGAAGACACUUCUGCCACUCAGCAAUCUGUUGAUCAGAUCAUUAAGAGCAGUUUAAACAACACAAGUGAAAUUCUGAGGAACGCCGUCUACACAGGCACAAAUCUGUGUGAGAUGCAGCCAUUACCAUGUGAUAGUGCCACCACACGCUGCACAAACAACAACGGCCGAAGUGUUUGCUCCUGUAGCGACGGCUACAUCUCCAUGGUCUACUCAAACACCAGCUGCAAAGCCUGUCCUAGUGGGCAGCGUGCAGUGGGGGCUUCCUGCCAACCCUGUCCUUUUGGGUAUGCUGGCUUCAACUGCAAUGACUCGUCUCUGCUGGCAGUAGUGGUGGUCUCCUGCGUACUGGGAGGGAUUCUGCUCAUCCUUAUUCUGGUGUUGCUCUUUCAGUGCUGCUGCAGCAGAUGCCUAGGGAGACAUCCCAGCUACACCACCAGUCCGUACUCAGACGAUCUAAAUAAGACCUGGGCUAUCGACAUCACCCCCAUCCCUCGUGCCACCACCAACCUCGAUGCAGCUGAUGCCAUGGAGAUGUCAGAAAAGGACGGCUCUUACACUGUGGAGAAAAAGUCUCAAACAAAUGGCAUGGGGUCUCCGCUGAAGGCAACAGGAUGGAAGAAGGACUGUCGGUGGUGGUGCUUCUGGGUGAUGGGAAACAUCCGUCGUGCUGAAUUUAGUGAGUUCAACGGGAGUCACCUGAGUAGAGCGUUGUUAUGGGUGGUUACGAGUUCAUGCUGGUGAGUUGGGUUUUUGUGUCUGUGAGUUUGGCUUCUCGGGGCUUUUGCAUGUUCACAUGUGGAGUGGCCACUUCUUAAAGAACCUGAUGCACCCUCUGCUUCUGUUGACAUUUCAGACUGGCUCAUAUGAUCUGAACCCAGAUGAAAUGAUGACUUUCAAGGGCAAAUAUACGUCCCGUUACUCGUAUCUGGUCCAAGGCCACGAGAACCCGUACUUCCUGCCAGGAGACGAGAAGAAAAACUGAAGCAGAAAAGUGUACAAAGAGAUCAGGAUCAAAGAAAACUCUCGGAUUUGAAACUCUGGGACUCUGUUUCUGAGCAGCUUUUUUAAAUUAUGAAUUACGUUCUGAGCUUUUAUGGAUUUAUGCUGGGAAUCAGAUUGUAACCAAAGGGAUUCAGUUUUCCAAGAAGAAACUUUUGUUCUUAUGUUAAUGUCAAAUUUAUAUCUGUAGCACACUUAAGAACUGCAGAGUUGACCAAAGUACAUCACACGUUUCAUUAAAAUCAGGCAGAAAACAUCCAUCAACACAACAAAGAGAAAAAUACGACUAAAUGAGUUUAAAACAAACAAAUAAAAAAACAGUAAAAGCUCAAACUGAACUUGGUUGAAAGCAAAUGUAAAAAAGAUAUUAUUAUUAGUGUUUCUGCAGGAAUGUUCAUCAUGUCUUUUGUCAAACACAAGCAGCAGAUGUCGCUGUUGCUCAUGACAUUUUCCUCUAGGUUUUUUUUUUUGAAAAACAUUUGAUUUGUAUCUUUUUUUUCCUCAGAAUAAAUCACCCUGUAGUCAUUCAGAUGAAGCUUAAGUUGCUAAUUGCACUAAAAUGUGUUGCGUUACCAGAGUUAUAUUUUCUGAAAUCAAGUGUGGUUCAUGGGGGUAAGGUUUAUUUCUUCAUUAGGGGCAUGAAUCCUGUCUGACGGGGCUGGCUCCCUGGUUUGGAUUCAUGCUGUAGCAUCCUGAGAACGGGUCGCAGCUGCAUUUGCUAAACGUGCCUGUUUCAGUAGUCCGGCUCAUAACUAGGAAACAUUACGCUACUCUGCUGGUGAAGCCUAUGUCUCAGAUGUGCCAAUUAUAACUUGUCACAUUUCUUUUGACGAUUCUCUAUGAUUAUAUUUAUCUUUGUGUGUAUGAGGCUAUUUUAUAAACGUGAGAGGUUUUUGUAAACAGUUGACUGGGAAUGCGUGGUUUAUUGUUUAAAUAAAUGCAUUUAAACACA